AUGUCUGACGAGGAAUCCGGCGACAUUCCUUUCAGAAAUGCGCCAGAGACAAAUGGCAAAGAUGACCAGGACUCCCCGGGAGACGAAGGAGACGAAGAGGAGGAUGAGGAAGAGGGACUGUACGUUGUCGAGGAUAUUAUUCAUCACGCCUGGCUUGAUGAUGGAACCCUUAAGCUCUUCGUGAAAUGGAAGGGUUACGAGAAGAUCGAAGACCACACAUGGGAAGAGGAGGAUGGUCUCCUGUACGUCUACGCACUCGCUGAGCUUCGAUAUCUACUACGAGCAUUCAUUGACAAACACCAUAGGGAGGGAGCCCGCGACAUUGUCACAUCAUACUACAAGAGGAUCGGUGGUCGCCCGAAGAAGAGCGACCAGAAGCCUACGCCAGGAAAGCCAGGUCGCAAGCGCAAAUCUAUGGGUGAUUCAAAGCCUGCUAAGCCUGUACCGGGCCCCGCAGCGAACGAAGCCAAGAGACAGCGCCGAAAGUCGGCGCCUAAGGAAACGACCAAGAAAGAGUCCCCCUCGUCCAAGGAAAAUGGCAUUCAAUGGCUUCCAAAAGGGAAGAACUGGGAUAAGGAUGUGAAAGAGGUGGACACAAUUGUCCGGGAGGGCGACGCAGGUCUUAUGGCCUGGCUCGAGUUCAAGAAUGGACAUAAGGCGAAACUAUCCGUUCAAGUCUGCUAUGAAAAGUGUCCUUUGAAAAUGCUGAAAUUCUACGAGUCGCACCUUGUCUUUAAGGAUAACUAA